AUGUCAGUGCCUUACCGAUUCAAUACAAAAAAACUGAAGAAGAAUUGGCGUUCACCUGUCUAUGCGUUUUUUAACAUUGAUCGCGUUGCUGUUCAGAAUGUGGAUGGUCGUAAUUGCCACUUCUUCCCCUGUGCAGCACAAAAAUGUAAGACGAGAAUUGGAGGGGUUCGCCGUUUCCAGGACUCGAAAGAUAAGGCUUCGACUGCUAAUCUAAAGAACCAUGCCAUUGGCUGUUUCGGUAACGAGGCUGUCAAAGUUGCAUGUGUUGAUAAGCAAGCGCCCGACUUACAGCCUAGUGGAUCAAUUUUCACCGCAUUUGCACGCAAAGAUAAAGAACCAGUCAAUUACUCACAUCGCAGCCAUACCAAUCCACAAGUUCGGUAUGUGUACCUUCCCACUGCUGGUCGCCCAUCAAUUCAACUCCCCUCACGUUUUACCAUAUCACGGGACAUCAAGGCUUCAUUUGAAAAAUGUAGCGACCGAAUUGGAAAACUACUUCGAGAAUAUCCUGGUCGCCUUCACUUUGCCACUGAUGCGUGGACUUCGCCCAAUCAUAGAGCAUUUGUGGCCUGGACAGUGCACCUGGAAUUCAAUGGCGAAAUGCUCUGUUUCCUCCUGGAUAUCGUGGAGCUUGCAGAGUCUCACACUGGUGUUGCCUUGGCGAGAGCCUUUCAAGCCAUGCUCGAACGUUUUGGUCUCACUGACCGGGUAGGAUAA